AUGGAUUUUCCUGCAGGAUUUGGAUGGGGGGCAGUCACCUCAGCUUAUCAAGUGGAAGGAGGCUGGUUUACAGAUGGAAAAGGCCCUUGUGUCUGGGACACAUUCACCCAUCAGGGAAGAGACAGAGUUUUCAAGAACCAGACUGGCGAUGUAGCUUGUGGCAGCUACACUCUGUGGGAGGAAGAUUUGAAAUGUAUCAAACAGCUUGGAUUGACUCAUUACCGCUUCUCUCUUUCCUGGUCACGUCUGUUACCUGAUGGGACGACAGGUUUCAUCAACCAGAAAGGCAAAAUUGACUAUUACAACAAGAUCAUUGAUGAUUUGUUAACAAAUGGGGUCAUGCCCAUAGUGACCCUCUAUCACUUUGAUUUGCCUCAGGCCUUGGAAGACCAAGGAGGUUGGUUGUCAGAGGCAAUCGUUGAACCCUUCGACAAAUAUGCCCGGUUUUGCUUCAGUACAGUUGGGGAUCGAGUCAAGCAGUGGAUCACUAUAAAUGAGCCUAAUAUUUUUACCCUGCUGGCAUAUGAGUUUGGUGCAUUUCCUCCUGGUGUGCCUUACGUUGGAACUAAAGUUUAUCAGGCAGCUCAUAAUUUGAUUAAAGCUCAUGCCAGAUCCUGGCACAGCUAUGAAUCCUUAUUCUGAAAAGAGCAGAAAGGUAUGGUGUCUCUCUCACUUUUUGCUGGCUGGGUGGAACCAGCAGAUCCCAACUCAGUGUCUGACCAGGAAGCAGCUAUAAGAGCCAUGGCUUUCCAAUUGGAUUUCUUUGCUAAGCCCAUAUUUAUUGAUGGCGAUUAUCCUGAAGUUGUCAAGUUGCAGGUUGCCCUCACGAGUAAAAAGCAAGGUUAUCCAUUGUCCAGGCUUCCAGAAUUUACAGAAGAAGAGAAUAAAAUGAUCAAAGGCACUGCUGAUUUUUUUGCUGUGCAGAAUUAUACGACUUGCUGAGUCAAAUACCAGGAGAACAAGAAAGGAGAACUGGGUUUACUUCAGGAUGCGGAAGUUGAAGUUUUUCCAGACCCAUCUUGUAUAAGUUUGGAUUGGGUCUAGGUGGUACCAUGGGGAAUAUGUAAACUACUGAGAUACAUUAAGGAUAUGUAUAAUAACCCUGUAAUUUACAUCACAGAGAAUGGUUUUUUCCAGGGUGACCCGACAUCUUUUGAUGAUGCUCAGUGCUAGGAGUAUUUCAGACAGACAUUUCAGGAACUGUUCAAAGCUAUCCAACUUGAUAAAGUCAGUCUUCAAAUAUAUUGUGCCUGGUCUUUUCUGGAUAUUGAGUGGACCCACGGGUACAGCAUCUGGUUUGGUCUCUUCCACGUUGAUUUUGAAGAUCCAGCAAGACGCCGAGUGCCUCACACGUCAGCCAAGGAGUAUGCUAAGAUUAUCCGAAACAAUGGCCUGGAGGGACCUCUGCAGGAAGGGUGGCUGGGCAAUUUCACCUGGAGAAGGGGCCUCUGCUCUCGGAAAGGAAAUCUGCUUUGGCUUGAAGAGAAGAGGCAGAGAGCUGGGGAGCCAGGUCUGGCCCUGGAUCAGUCCGGCUGCACGCAGACCCGAGGAGCCAGCGAGGCGACAGGCUCUGCCCCGGCUCCUGCCGCUUGUCUGCCGGCAGCCAGCGUGGCAGGGAGAGUGGAGGCCAAGGCAGAGGUCCUCGCAGUUCAGGCUUCCGACCUUGACGCGACUGGAACAUCAAGUCCUGCUAUUUUGUUGUCGUUCAACAGCAACGUGUUGGUGUGUUUUAUUAGAGAAGAAAAUUCAAUAAAAGACAUGCAAAAGCCCAAGCCAUAUGGCAAACCUCCUGGGAAAGCUUUGGUCAUUUGGAGUUUCACAAAACCAAGAAGACAUUUCCCCUUUCUGAAGGAUCACAUUGUCCUAAACUUCUUGUUGGACUCUGCCUCUUGA